GGCAAACUUGUCAAGGUCACUGAUCGAUCAAUCUGCCAAAAAACUGGACUAUAACUCACGACAAUCGUCAUCUGGUGGAUUUUAAAAUAACCAUAAACCAUCUUUAUUUUUCUUAAAACUGCUGAUAUAUAAUUUAACCGCAGUUUAAGCUUUUCGUAUUUUCUUGUGAUUAUUCCGAUGGGGGACAGACUGAACAUGAGCCAUAUGGAGAAGAAGUCACCUGUGACACAGGUCAACCCAUGGAACUAUCGGAAAUGUACCUAAAGAACUCUGGCCAACAUAACAUUUAAUGCUAAAGAGUACAAGGAUGACAGAAGUGAGGCCUGGUGGUAUCUCAAACAUACAUGCCACAGCCUUGUUCUGCUUCUUGCUCACCUGAAAAGAACUGAAUACCUCACAAUGGCGCCCAGCGGAGAAGCUCCUCCCAAUAUAAGUGUCUCCGUACUCCAUGACUUCUUUAAUGUCUCUUUACCCUCUUCAUUUCCUUCCACCAACCCUCCACCUUCGUCGUGUAGCAUUGACGAGUCCUAUAAGUACAUCUUUCUCCCCAUCUGUUACUCCUUCACGUUCAUCUUUAGUAUCUCUCUCAAUUCAGUGGUGCUCUAUCGCUCCUUCCGUCGGACCAAGCGUUGGAAUGCAUCUCUGAUCUACAUGGUUAACCUGGCUUCCACAGACUUCAUGUACGGCUUGUCGCUGCCGUUUCUUGUAGCUAGCUACAUAAUGCGUGAUCGUUGGGUCUUUGGAGACUUCAUGUGUCGCCUGGUCCGUUUUCUCUUCUACUUCAAUCUAUACUGCUCUAUCUUCUUCCUCACCUGCAUUUCUGUCCACAGGUACCUUGGUAUCUGCCACCCAAUGAAAAUCAUUACUCUGGAAACCAAGAAAGCAGUCAAGUGUACCUGUGUCCUUGUUUGGACUGUUGUGUUCGCUUUGACUUGCCCAAUCUUCCGGUUUGCACAAACUGGUCAUGUGACCAGAUUGGCGGGGCUUGGUGGCAAUGCAAGUAGUGUUAAUGCUACAGUGACAUAUGGUAAUGUCAGCCAUCAUGGCUCUGCAAGAGUCAUUGAAGAAUUCCAGAACUGUUGGGACGAUGCCAUAGAUAAGGAGUUUUCUGAUUACGUUCCCUAUGGUAUCAUACUCCAUUUGCUGGGUUUUUUUAUACCAUUUUCCAUAAUCGCUUGGUGCUACUCUCAUGUGGUACUGACCAUAUUUAGAACCCUGCAUUCUCAGCCUCCAUCGUGCAGAGGUCAAAGAGAGAGAAGACACGAGGGUGUGGACGAAGGGAAGGUAAACACUAUUGGAAUAAUAGGAAGAGAAAGAAGAGGAAGCAAUGGACAAAUGAGAGGAUCUCGGCGAAAUGAAGGGAUGUCCAUUUUUCUGGGUGCCCACUCCCCAUAUGCCAAUCGCAGACGCAAAUCUAUUAAGACCAUAGUCACCAUCACCCUACUCUUCGCUCUGUGUUUUUUCCCAUUCCAUGUUACAAGAACCAUCUUCCUCCUACUGAAAGUAACCAAGGGAGUCCCCUGCCAUACAAUGACCAUGGUCUCCAUGUGUUAUAAAAUAACUCGGCCUUUGGCAUCAUUCAAUGCAUGGCUCAACGCCCUCCUUUACUUCUUAACUAAAGACAAGGGGGGACCUCACUGUUGCCAAGCAGUGAAUACAACCAGCCAUGGAGGACUUUUGAUGCCACUGAGGAUGAUGGGAAAAGCAGAGGAUGCAGAGGAUGGAAGGAUGGAGGAUGAAAUUGAGAAUAAGAAUAUAGCUUUUCACAAUGGUCCAUCAUAUAUAAACAGAGCAAAAGUCACGUAUAUAGUUGAAUGAAUGUUUUCUUCAUAAUAGAUGUGAAAGUACAUUUUACAUGCAUGUAAAUUUUUUCUUUUGCUGGAAAAUACAAUGUAAUGGUUCAGUGUGUGCAUUUAGGGGGAUGUAGGAACAUCUUGCAAAAAUUUAAUGUAAUAUUGUUUUUGGAUUAGUAUAUAAUUUUAAUAAUCAUAUUAAUAGUAAUCAUUGUGUUUUUAUUACUUGGGAAUGGGCCAGAUCUCAAACUAAUUGAGCAUGUGUAGGAUGAUUACAUUUUCAUCACCUGCCUAAUAUUGCUUAGGUCUUCCUUUUGCCACCAAGACAAUAUGACUUGAACUCCACAAGACAUCCUAAGAUGUGCAGCGAUAUCUGGCACCAAUAUAUUGGAAGCAGAACCUUUAUGUCCCUUAUAUUCCUGAAUGAAUCAGAUUUUGUCCAGUAUAUUCCACAGAUGUUCAAGUGGACUGAGAUCUGGUGGGCCUUCCUCAGAACACUUUUUGAAGGGGACUAACCACUGCAGACCAGUAACAUCCAACAGGACCUGCAGUUUUGGAGACACUCUGAAAUAGUUGUGUAUCAUCACAAUUUGGCAUGGUCAAAGGAGUUCAUACCCUAACACUAGCCAUAUUACUCCUUGUAACCCAUUAAAUUUAACUUUCUACUGUUUACUUAUUGCCUAAUACAACCCCAAUUCUAAAAAAGUUUAGAUGUAGUACAAAAUGUAAAUAAAACAGAAUGCAAUGAUUUGCAAAUGUAAAAAAACCAAAAAAACAAAACACAUUUUAAUGACAAUAUAACAUAGAUAACAUUAAAAAGAAAAGUUUUAAACAACAGGAAAUGUACCAUUUUAUUUAAAACAAACUGAUGGCACCUACAUGUCUCCAAAAAUUUGAGAGAGGCACAAUAAAAUGCUGGAAAAAGAAAUGAAACUAAAGUGAAAUUUUCCUGCUAAUUAGAAUAACAGGCAACAGAUCAUGAUUGGGUACAAAAAGAACAUCUUAAGGACAAUCUCUCAGAAGUAAAGUUAGACCAAAAAAAAGGUGAAACUUUGCAUAUCUCAUUAAUGGGAACACUUAUUAAAGAAGAUUCACAAAAGAAUCUAAGUAAUAAUUUGGGAGCAUAACAUUGUAUCGGUGUGCUGAUGCUAGCCAUGGAAGUGAUCAGAACACCUUUAUUCACUGAUUUGGAGAGCUGUCCCAAUACUUUUGGCUAUAUCAGGAAGGGCAAAGGUAGGGUUCACCCUGGACUUGUCACCAGCUCAUCACAGCACCAUUCGUUCAUUUUGAAUGAUCAGUUUAAAUUUUCUCAUUUAACAUGCCUAAUUGCUCAUCAGGUACACAACCUAAGCCGCUAAUGGAAUACAGUCCUGGAAAAAAUUAUUAGACCACUCUUGUUUUCUUCAAUUUCUUGUUCAUUUUAAUGCC